AUGGCAAGAUACAAGAUAGCGCCCGUAGUGGAGGCCACGGUUCCAGCGGGCAACGGCAGACGCACAAGGGACCAGCUGGACUGGACUAGACUGCGCGUGGGAUGUGGGAUGGCCUGGUCUGAGGCUUGCGCUGAGGCGAAUGGGGUGGCCGUCAAGGUGCGCAAGUCGACCAGUGGCAGAGUGGACAAACGUGACGAGGCGAUACCUGACGAAGGGCAGUCCAGCGUCGAGCACCAAGAGAGAAAGCGAGAAAAAAAUCAACGGGGAGCCAAGAGCUAA